UUUUGCCAAAAUCUGUAUAGCAAUCAUUUUCAGAUUCCAAAAAUUCUUGCUACUUUUAUUUUCACUCUAAAUCGAUUUGCAAAUUUUUUUGUGAUGUAAGAAAAAUAAAUUGAGGGUUUAUGUCUUAAUGAUUAAAAAUCAGAAGAGUGUGCUAAAAAAAUCUUAAAUGGUGUGUCUCUCUGUUCUUCUUCAUUCAAAAAAACAAAAAUGUCAGAGAAGAGGAUGAUUCAUCGUUUCCAGCUCAAAAACGAGAAUUUUAAUCAAAUCUCGCCUUCUCCUUCUUCUUCUUCGUCACCUGCUCCUUCUCCAAUUACUUUGAACCAAUCCAACGAUUUGUCUUCUUCUUCUUCUUCUUCCGGUGGUAAUCGAAUAAGCCCCAUCCUUUUGUUCAUCAUCGUUCUCUUAUCCGUCGUCUUCUUCAUCUGUAGCGUUCUACAUUUGGUGGUGAGGUAUUACUUAAAGAAGAAAAGAUCGAGCCUUUCGUCUUCUCCGAACGAAUCUGAUCGAAACCCGGAAUUUCCCGACUCGGAUACUUACCAAAGGCAGCUUCAACAGCUCUUUCAUCUCCACGAUUCAGGUCUAGAUCAAGCUUUAAUCGAUGCUCUUCCUGUGUUUCUUUACAAGGAGAUCAAAGGUACGAAAGAACCAUUCGAUUGUGCUGUGUGUCUCUGUGAAUUCUCAGAAGAUGAUAAGCUUAGAUUGCUUCCCAAUUGUAGCCACGCCUUUCACAUCGAUUGUAUCGAUACUUGGCUUCUCUCCAAUUCGACUUGUCCACUUUGUAGAGGAACCCUUUUCUCUUUAGGUCAUCAGUUUGAAUACCCUGAUUUCAAUUUCGGAUUUUUCGCCGGGGAUGAUGGAGGUACUAGGGUUUCUCCGGUGCAGAAGCCGGCUGAGAAUGAGAUUGGGAAGAGAGUGUUUUCAGUGAGGCUUGGCAAGUUUAGGAGCUGCAACAUUAGCAAUGGUGAAGUAGUAGGAGGAGGAGGAGGAGGAGGAGGAGGAGAGACAAGUGGUGGGUGUGUGAGUAGUAGUACUAGUAGCAAUGUGAACAGUAAUCUUGAUAACAGAAGAUGUUUCUCAAUGGGGUCUUAUCAGUACAUAGUGGCUGAAUCAGAUCUUGUUGUGGCUCUGUGUCCUAAUAAUGAAGGUUUGAAGAAUGUGAAAGAAGGAGAGAGUAAUAACAGUAAUGUGGAAGGGAAGAAGAUUAACAUGAGAAGUAAAGGUGAGAGCUUCUCUGUGUCAAAGAUUUGGCAAUGGUCUAAUAAGAGAUCAAAGUUUGCAAAUCCAUCAGAAACCAAUCUUGUGGGUACUUCAUCUUCUACUUAUGCUUGCUCUGGGUCUGGUAGUACAGUUCCUGCUGGAUUAGCAUUGAAUGGAAGGAGAUUUCAGGGUCCAUGAUGAGGAAAGGGUUUUUAGGUACAGGAAUCAAAGGGUAGCUAAUUUUUCUGCCAUUGAUUUAAUUGAAUUAUUGAUUCUGAGUUUUGAAUUCAUUUUGGUUAACACGAAUACUGUAGUGUUUUCUUUUGUGGUCUUUAUUGCUGAAUCUCUCUCUCUCUUUUGUGUGUUUGAGGGGAAUAAGCUUUUUGUUCUUUGAUCAUGUUAUAGUGGUACUCUUAUAUGAGAUGUUUCUAGUUCUAAAA